AUGGCAAUGAUCAAACACACAACUUGUAAAGUACUGAAAACAUCACCUUUUUUCAUUGUCAGCCAUACCGACCUUGUAGGUUGUAGCACAAGAUCCACUCAAACCUGUUUAUGGAGACAAUUGGAUCAAUAUCAAACCAAAUGUAUGUCAAUUGGACGUUGCUAUAGUUCUGGUGUAGCAGAAUCCAAUGCAGUAUCAUCUAAAAAGAGUCGGUUUGAAAAAGCAGAUCAGUCUAGACCAUCAGCACAGGACUCAUCUAAUUCUACUAAAACUUUGCUGCAACUUCUUGAAGAGGCUAAACAGCGAUUGGACCAGCGAGUUUCUAUAGAUAUACAUCGACCUGUUAUGCCUGCCGAUACUUCAUCUUUGAAUGAUCAUCUUGAUCAUGGAGAGUUGGAUAUUGAGUCUCAAAGAUUGGAGUUUGGACGCUAUCGAAAAGCUAUCGAGCAAUGGGAGCGAUACAGGCUGUAUGCUCGAUUUCAACAGAUGAAUGCAUCUGAUGGUUCAAACAUGGUCUCGACACUUUCUGCUCAUGAUGCUCGGAUGCUUGCCAGUGCCAUAUUCAAGCAGGUGUUGAUGCUUAAUAAUCACGAUCAAUUAUCUACAACAGACGAUCCAGUGUCAAUUUUAAGCUCGAUUCUAAGCCCUAAUCAACACAAAACUCUUCAAUCCCAUCAUGAAUUGCCAGUAGAUACCCUCAUUCAUUGUAUUGAAACUAUCAUCAUGCUUGAAUCACAUGCAACUUAUAUUGGCAAGGACUAUUUGGAAACCAACUCAUCACAGUUUCAUCUAUCAGACAAGAUUCAUGCUCUUCCUAUUGUAUCUGAUCAUCAGCGAGUAGUCGAGUUGUUGAUUUCUUUUAUUAGAUCCUCUAGUCCAAGUACAACUCCAAGUCAUCAUAUCUGGCGUCUUAAAGCCUAUUUAAACAUGCUUUCUGCUUGCAGUAAGGCUCAUUACAAAAUGACAUUCAUUGAAGCGGCAGAGUAUUUCAAAUGGGCCUCAAAGUCUUUAGGAUCAUCGAUGAACGAGGUGGUGGAUCUUCUUGGUACCUCUUUUGUGCGUCCAUUCUACUCUACCUACGCGAUGCAGUUUAUUAAGCAUGUCUUGCAAGCAUUGACUUUAAAAUCCAACAUGACACGCCAUGGCCAGCAUCAUACAUCUUCAUCCACUCAGUCUUUUAUAUUUCCUAGUACUAUUGCAAGGGCUAUUGAGGUUUCUGCUGAAGAAAUUUUGGAAGCCAGAUGCACAUCCAUUAGUUUGCGAGAUUUCCGACCGAAUCUUUUGUCAUAUCAAGAAAUGGUCAUGUUCUAUGAUGAUAUAUGCACACUACAAGGAACUGAAAACAUUGGACCAUUAAUCAACGUUUUGAUUCCAGUGGCAAAAGCUGUUAACCGGCAACGCGAUGCAGUCAGAUUCUAUAGAGUUUUUCGGAAUCUUCCUGAAUAUAGCAGUCCAAAUCAUCGCCACAAUCAUCUACAGGAUUCAAAUGCUCGAAAUAACCAAAAGGUUGUUUUGUUGAAACCACCAAAUACCAGCUUUCCUAACUCACUUUCAACACCAAGCAUUCAUGAAAAUAUCUCGUUGAAAACCCUCGAUAAUGUUGUGCAAUGCUGUGCAGAAAGCACCAACGUAUCCAUGUGCAAGAUUGCUCUGCGUGAUCUUCGUGCUUGUGGAGGCAUUCCUAGUGUAUGUACGCUAUUUCAAAUCAUCAGCAUGUACUGGCGUUUGCGUGACUGCGACCCAUCAGUUACUGCAUUGACUCAUGUCCAUAGCUUAUAUUGUGGGUUUACUGCUUUUUCUCCGUCAUUUAAACUAUCUUCUGUUUGUCUUGCAAUGGUGAUUGAGAUUUACGCUCGGUAUCCUACGUUUCGUCCCGAAUCAGUUCAGGUUAUUGAAGAUCUCGUUGACGCAGGAAUAAAGCGAGGGAUCCCAAUGCUCAAGAAGCUAUGCGAGGCCAUGGUUUUGUUUUAUCUUCGAGUGGAAGAUCUUUCUCAAGCUGCUACAUGGUUCCAUCGAGUUCCAUCAGAAAAGGCAAUGCAGUCAGACCAUUAUAGUUUAAAUUUUUCUAGCUCUUUAGCUUUAGAUUUUGCUCGACUGCAGCUAAAGCAGGGUAGAAUCCAAGAUGCCAAGACAACAUUGGAUUUAGUAUACACCCAAUGUGGGACGAGUACUGACUAUUUGACUAUCCAAAUGCAAGUUAUGGAUGCACUAGCUUGCAUCACACCUGUAUCCAAGUUAAACACUAGUUUUGAGCAGCCAAAGCCUGAGCAAACAGUGUUGGAUAUUUUUCAACAGUUGCUUAGACAGAGCAGUAAACCGAAUGCCGUUUCGUUGCAAGUUGUAUGCCGCCAUUUGAUUCAUGCAAACAGACCAAACAAAGCGCUAGAAUUAAUUGAACAAAUGCAGCUCGAAUAUCGGAUCCCGAUGACAUUGGAGUUACUUGUUACCGCAAUUGAUUGUCAUGCAUUGAGUGGCACGACGCCGGAUAAGGUGAUGGCAAUAAUGGAGAAAAUGCCGAAAAAGGAGUAUGAAAGGGCUGCACUAGCGGCUGUUGCUUGUGCUGUUGUGCGUCGAUAUGGGAGGAACGUGGAUCUGCUGAUGCAGAUUGUGAGAUUAGAAGGGGGAUGGAGCGACAAUAGUGUUUUGUUACGAGAAAGUGAUGGGGUUGUGGUGAUGGGCAAGGGCGAUCAGUUCAAGGCACGACUUGGAUACUAUUGAUUUGUAGAGGUUGUUCAAAUAUCACUUUUGUAGGUUGAUACUCUAGACGAUCAUGUUUGGAAUUUGGUGGUUUGAAAUGAAUUGCAG